CUCUAGUAAAUUACAGAGUCGGAAGCGAUCCCCAGCGGCUGGAGUAAGGAUCCGAGAGCCGCCACGUGAAUCCAAAGACACGGUUUUCGGUUGCGACGAUGGCCUGUUUAUAUUCAAACGUACAAUUUAUACAACAAAACAGAUGUGUCGUCGCUGUUGGCGAACCGAAAUGAAGUGAAACCAGCGUGUCGCGGGAUAGGAACCAGCUCGCAGUUCUCCCACACGUGGAAGGAUGCUGAAGCACCAAAGCUGACAUUGUGAGAUGAAGAUGCAGAGAGCAGUUGGACAGGCAUUACAGCAGCAAGUAGCAAUAAUAGUAAUGAUGAACGUCUGCUAGGAAUUGACUGGAAUCAGUCAGAACAGAUCAAUUUUUAUUUUUUACUUAAUUUAAUUUUUUCUCGCAUUUUUUUUUUUUUGCAUAUUUGAUAUAUUUUUAUACUGUUUUUAAAAAGAAACAAAAAAAUUUUUUCCAAUCUUAAAAAAAAAAAAAUAACAACAAAAACAAAAACAAGCUUAAAGAACUGUUGGAAAAUAACUUGCAAUAUGCUUAAAAGAAAGAAUAAUUCCUCGGUCAACUGCAAAUCGGUUAUUUUGAGCAAGCAAAAACUUUGUCCAUUCUGCGAGAAAGUUCACGAUCAAGAUCUGACCAAUGAAUUGGAAACCGGAGCCAAAGGGAAACCUUUUCGCUGCCAGUUCUGCAACCAGAUAUUCUCCAUCUCUUGCCUCUUUGUCAAACACAUGGAAUCGCAUCUUGGGAAAAGCCUGUAUCGGUGCGAAUUCUGUGGCAUCCUUUUCGAGGAUUUCUUUGAUUUGAUCACUCACCGGAAGGACCAUCUGACGCUUGCCUGCAAGUUCUGCGACAAGAGGUUCGGCGAUGAGGAAUCGCGGAAGAAGCACGUCAGCAGGUUCCACGUGGCCCCGAAGAAAAGGAAUUCUUCGUCUUCGGACCCUCUGAGAGUGAGUAAGAAGAAAUUUUCCCUGAGGAUCGAUGAGAUUCUCCAGAAGAAUACGGCUGUGUUGAAGCCAUUCCAUUCCUGUGACAUCUGCUAUGAGAAUUUUCCGCAGUUGUCGCAGCUCCUCAUUCACAAGAAGACGCAUACAAAAGAAAAGCCGCACAAGUGCAACACCUGCGGAAAGAGCUUCAAACACGACAAUGUGCUGAAGGUGCACCAACAGUUGCAUCAGCAGCAGCAACAACAGCAGCAGCAGCAACAACAACAACAACAACAGCAGCAGCAGCAUGUUUCCGUGAGCGACAAUAAACCCGUCAGCGCCCUCUGCAACCAAAACCUCUCUCGUAACUGCAAGACGGCGCCGCAGCAGACGCAGAUGCAAGCAAAAGAAAAACCCGAAGUCGCCGCUCUCAAAGAGAACUCCGACUCCAAACCAAUCCCAGUGCUUUUGGCAACGCAGUUAGGUCCGACAGGCGUUGUUCUUUCGGAGCAUACGGAACCAGCCAUACAAAAACUGGGCCCUGUUAUAGAGAAUCUAACCCCAGCUCAUCUGGGGGCCAAAACUGUGUAUUUACUUAGCAAACCGCAGACCCGGUUGGACUCGGCAAUAAAUAUCUGUCCGCCAUCUCCUCUGCUGAACAUACAGCGAAAUUCGGUCAUUCAACAGGUACGGCAUGACAGACCAGUCCUUGUUGCCGGUCAGAAUGUUCCGGUGAAGAUUUUGAAAUCUCCAGAGAUGGUUGAUUCAGGAGUGUUUCUAAGCAACGGUGUUUCGCUUGAGAAGAAGCAACCACAACUCGGAGCGGUCGUUGUGUCCGAUCCUAACAACAGCAUAUCCACACAAAGGGUCAACGGCAAAAGUAACAACGGGGUCGUCAGUCCGGUGGUUAUGGAGAAUUACCUGAUUUUGAAAUUGCCAUCGACAGAGACGAACCCCUUAAAGAUACCGAGUUAUGGUGCCAUCGUGCAAUCUCCUGCAGGCAGCGUUGCUUCACCUGUUGUGACGACGCCAACACUGACAGCAGAAGCGAUGGAGAUCAGAAUCGCAGACUCUACAAGUCUUCAUCCCAAUAACAGCAUUAAUUAUUCCAAGGUGAAAACGAAGGCCUGCAAAACCAAACCUGAUCGAGAAUCAGAUUGUAAUAAAGGUUCCAAUCCGGGCCCAAAUCUAAAAAGGGAUCGAGAACAGCAGCCCCUAUCCCUCGUAAAAUCAGAACCAGCUGAAAAUACUCAGGACAAAGGCUUUGAGAACUUUGCCAAAGACACUGGCAAAAUAGAUUCUAAGCCUGACUCUGUUGAGAUGUCAUCUCAUGUUGUGAUGCAUUGUGCAACACCUGCUCGGAAUGGUGAGGAGAACAAACUUGAAGCCACAGUGAAAGCUGAUGUUGAAGUGGAACAAAGGAUUAAGCAGGAAAGAGAGUCUUCGGAAUAUAAAGUGGUUGUGGAAUUUGAUGUUGUCCCUGAGAGACGUGAAGUUGUGACGCAGUCCCUGAAACGAGAACCGGCGUUUGAGCUAGUGGAACAGGCACCGGUUGAAGAACAAGUGAAAACGAGGGAUAACUUUGUGUUGGUGGUGAAAGAGGAAGCUGGGGAUGCAGUGAGUUCUCCGAGAAUUCCUGAAGACGGAGUAAACGAUGCUGCGGAGAGAGGUCAAACAGAGAUGAUGGUCUCGGACAAACCUGGGGGAAAUGGAAAACCGGGAAACGGAAACGAUGGUGAAAAUGAACGGAAAGCAGGAGAAGAAAAUAAAGAGGGGAGAGAACGUCUGUGUGUCCAUUGUGGGAAGAAUCACAGCAAAGCUUUGAUUGAGUUCCUUGCACAAAGUCCCAAAGACAAACCUUUCAAGUGCCGAAUCUGUGGAGAUACCUUCUCCAUUGGGUGUCUUUUCAUGAGACAUAUAAACAGUCAUGAGGAAGUAGAGGGCAGCAUCCUGUACCAAUGUGAAAUCUGUGGCAGCAUCUUUGAGCAGUUUCUCUCUCUGUUCUCGCAUCGGCAAGCAAUGCACCGUUCGUCGAACUACAACUGUAGUCAGUGCCAGCAGGCGUUCGUCUGCGAGUCCGACUUGAAGCGUCACACGCGGCUGGUGCACUACGUCGAGAAGGCCUUCGUCUGCGACUACUGCGGCAGGUCCUUCUCGCAGAAAUGCAACCUUGUGUUCCACCGGCGCACGCACACGGGCGAACAGCCCUACAGCUGCGAAUACUGCGGCAAGCGGUUCGCUCGACCGGGCAACCUCAACAUCCACCUGCGCACGCACACGGCGCCAAAGCUGAAAAUGCACAGGUGCGGCACGUGCGACAAGCCAUUCAAGACGCGGCAGCAACUCAAGUUUCAUGCCCAACUGAUGCACCACAACUACCACGAUGACUAUCAUGACAACCGUAUCCAUGACAACCGCGGUGGUAGAGGGGGUGGCAGUGGGAGCAGCAGUGACAUGCCGUUCAAGUGCGACAUUUGCGGUGAUGGUUACUCGAACUGCAAGGACUUGAAGGAACAUGUACAACUGCACCAAGCAGGGGACAAACAGACGUACACAUGCAACUGUUGCGGAAAACAGUUCUUGCACUCCUACAUGUUACUCCGGCACAAACUCUCGCACAGGGGCCGACUCUGUCAGUCGGCUAAAGUCCAGUCCUCUCGGACGGCCCCGCAACCAUAAAUGUCGAGAGAGGACCCACCCCGCUGCUCCAGUCUCCAUUCCCACCUUAUUUUUAAAAAAUGUGGAGGGGAGGCACGGCUCCUCUUUCCAUUAAUGCUGAUGCCUCACCCCCCUCCCCUCCAACCCCACCAAUCACUAAAUGUGUGAAAGAAAUAGAAAAAGAAAGGGAUCGGCCCCCCGUGUGACCGUUCACUGUCCUCAAAAUAGCAACGAAAUUUUCCUCGAUUCAAACACUUGCCAUCAAGAAAAUGAAAGCUCACAUUAGAUAAUGUAGUCCUAGAUACACUUAUAUUUGUUUCAGCCAUGUGGCUGUGGUCAUGCUGGAGCACUACUGUGCUAUGUCUGAAUAAAAGAACCACCAGGUGGUCUGGUCAUAGCUGAAACAUCCACCUUUCAUUGUAGGUCGACCAGAUCAGGACUGACCUGUGGUUAAAUAAGAAGGAUAAUCUAGUCCUAGAUAUACUUUUGUUUCAGCCAUGUGGCUGUGGUCAUGCUGGAGCACUAAAAAGAACAACCAUAUUAUGAUCACAGCUGAAACAACCAUAGGUGCAGGAGUGGCUGUGUGGUAAGUAGCUUGCUUACCAACCACAUGGUUCCGGGUUCAGUCCUACUGCAUGGCACCUUGGGCAAGUGUCUUCUACUAUAGCCCCGGGCCG